AUGCAACAACCCGGCAGCACCCCCCCCAUUGCUGUUACUAUUCAUCCGCCCACUCUUUGGGUCGCCACCGUCACUACCGGCCACCGUUUUGGGUGGUACCGGUCCCAAAAGAACCGAGCCACCUCCCUAUUGCCAUCCCGACCAAUCUCAGCCCCUGAAGCCGCCGGACAUCGCCGGAAACAGCUCGAAAACAGCCGAUUUUUGACAGAACUUUCGAGCUCUCGUUCUCCGUUGUCCGGCCACCAAAUCGGACGAGUGAGGUAUGGUUUUCUAGCUAUUUUCCAUGCUCUAGCUGCUGGUUAG